AUGUCAGCUUCCAGAUCCGACCAUUUGGCACUCGGCUAUUCCUCGCACUCUGCCAGCCAAAACCGUUCCAACUCUCCCUCCGCCACAAACUCGCCAAUCGAUCCCCUGUCGGCUCCGACGAGAUCAGUCUUUGGCCUUACUGGCGGCAUGAACUCAAGUAGCAUUAUAGCUAGCAACACGCGAUCCGGGGCUGGUUCUCCGUCGCACGAGAUGGCGGCUUCCAGCCGGCUCUAUUCCAAAAGGGCCCGCGAGAUUCAAGCUCAAGAAGGUGUUCCUGGCCUCCCUCUCAACCCUUGGGGCGGGCCACCGACAAGUGGGAACUCGACUCCUCUCCGAGAAAACAUCCCCGAGUCUCCCACCGACGGCUUUCCAGACUUUGUCCAGCUACCUACGCCCGAGACCUUGCCUCCCACCAGACGGGCUCGAGCUGGUACCGUACCCUCGCGAUUCCCCGGUGGCAUUGGCAACAAUCUGCUAGCCGUGCCUGGGCUGCCAGCCAAGUCUGCUCGCGUUACGCCUUCUCAGAGCCCGUUCAACAAGUCGCCAUCCCCCAAUCUUGAACCGCCUGAGAGCAACAACCCCGGUACCUCGACUCUUCUCUCCAGGCUUCGUGCUGGGUCUAUGCCACAGCGUAGCCCAUUCGCCAACCUGCCUACUUCGGCCUCGCCUUUUGGCCCCUCAAUCUUCAGCAGCUGGAACCCCUCCGGUCUUGGCCGCGAACGAGGCUCUACUCUAGCUAGCAUCGCCAGUGUUGGCUCCAACGGCCCGAGCUCGCCAGCCCAGUCUCAAUUCUCCAGAGAAGGCGGCGGAGAGUCCGACGUGCACAUGCGGACUCUGGACUACCUUGGUCUUGCUGAAACCCCACAACCCGCGAGAGCUCAACUUGCCACGCCAUCUUACAUUUCCAACUUCGACAUGACCCGGCACGCCAGUCGCUUCCGCUCCUACUCUGUCAACAACAAGGACAAGUAUGCUGACGAGGACGAGGACGACUAUGACGCCGACAUGCCAAUGGACAGCCAGUAUGCCGCGCUGCAGGAUCAACUCGCUGCCACUCAAGCGGCCAUCCACAACCACAACAUGGCUGUCCGGGCCUUCGCGACGCAGGCCACACGGCCGCGUGCCCGUACCGCUGGUGUCUUGGAUACUCCGGGAAGCCGCUUGGUGGGAUCCUACGGCAACAACAACGCUGGCCCAGGCACCAACUCCAUCACCACGGCUGAGAUUCGCUUGCAGGAUGAGAAGGAGUACGAUGACAUCUCGCAGGCAGUCGCUGGCAUGAACCUGGGACGGUCUAACAGCCGCAAUGCUGGCCAUCUGAAUCCCGAAGAGCAGGGUCUCGAUGGACCGACCAGCGCUCUUUGGCUUGGUGGUAUUCCCACAUCCACCACCACCUCUACUCUUGUCGAAAUGUUCAAGUCUCACGGGCCGAUUCUCUCCGCUCGUGUGCUCACACAUAAGAACUGUGGAUUUGUCAACUUUGAGAGAGUGGAGAGCGCAGUCUCUGCCAAGGCCAGCAUGAAUGGCAAGGAGAUCUUCCCUGGCGCAGGCCCAAUCCGAAUCAACUUUGCAAAGCCCCCCUCUGCUUCCAACACUCCGGGACAUGAUGGAGCCUUUCCUUCACCUAGCCCUGAUCCUUUUGGAAAGACUCAAGACAUUGGCAAGGGAGCCUUGGCCGCCGGGCCUGGGGAGAGCGCAUCGGCUGCCGCUGGAGCGCUUACUAGCGCUACGCCCACCUUGCCUCCUUUGCGUGACAUGGUGACGGAUAUCCUCGAUAUCGUGGGAGAAUUCGGCGCCACUGAUGAAGACAAGGCUCGAAUCUCCAAGACUCUGCAAUCUGCAGUCCAGUACAACUCCUACGUAGAAGAGAUUCCUCCCGUCCGGGAGCCAACCCAUACAAGAGUUCAUGAUGCCCCCAAGCUGAGAGACAUUCGCAAGCGAAUUGAUAAUCAAAUGCUUUCGCAAGCAGAGAUUGAAAGCAUCGCCGUUGACAUGCUCCCCGAGAUUGCUGAGCUCUCAUCCGAUUAUCUCGGCAACACGGUUGUUCAGAAGCUGUUUGACCACUGUUCCGACCAGCUGAGGGAUGCAAUGCUCGCCGAGAUUGCACCUCAUCUGGCCGAGAUUGGCAUUCACAAGAACGGCACGUGGGCGGCUCAGAAGAUCAUUGACGUAUGCAAGACCCCUAGCCAGCUCUCCAUCAUUGUCGAAAACCUUCGACCCUACGCUGUGCCUCUCUUCCUGGACCAAUAUGGCAACUACGUCCUGCAGGGAUGCCUCAAGUUCGGCGCCCCUUACACCGAUUUCAUCUUCGAGGCUAUGCUCAGCCGAAUGUGGGAGGUCUCGCAAGGCCGCUAUGGCGCUCGAGCCAUGAGGGCCUGCCUGGAGAGCCACCAUGCAACAAAGGAUCAGCAGAGAAUGUUGGCCGCUGCCAUUGCGCUGCACAGUGUCCAGCUUGCAACUAAUGCUAACGGCGCACUUCUGCUGACCUGGUUCCUGGAUACAUGCACCUUCUCCAACCGUCGUCACGUUCUCUCUCCUCGGUUGAUCCCGUACCUGGUACCCUUGUGCACCCACAAGGUCGCCUAUCUCACGGUCCUCAAGGUCAUCAACCAGAAGAAUGAGACUGAGGCCCGGGACAAUAUCCUAAAGCGCCUCUUCAUCUCCCCCAAUGACCAGGUGCUUGAGGCUAUCCUUAGCGACCAGGCUUGUGGCGCCACAUUUAUUUUCAAGGUCCUCACGACGCCCUUCUUUGAGGAGACUAUGCGCCUCGAAGUCACAGAAAAUGUCAAGAAUGUUUUGGUUAGAAUCAAGGCACAGGCAAACCAGGGGUACAAGCGUCUCAUGGACGAGGUCGGCCUCUCAACUCGAACGGCUGGGCCAAAUCGAGAUGCCAGCACCCAUGCAGAGCAACGCCAGAGACCUACCUCCUCAAGACAAACCAAUGGGCAGCAGCACGGCCAGCAAGGUGGCCAGCCUAACAAGGCAUUCUACAACGGCACCUCGGGUGGUUCUUCAAACUAUGAGGCCGGCCACAACCAGCAAAGAGGCGACAAUGCCGAUUCCGGAGCUCCCCCAUAUCCAGCCUUCAACCAGGGCAUGAUGUACAAUGGGCCCAACGGACCGAUGCCUCCUGCUAUGGGUGUCCCACAGCUACAAUAUCAGCAGGGCAUGAUGAAUCGAGGCAACCCCCAGAUGAAUUAUCCAUUCCCUCCGAUGCAGCCUGGAUUUGGUGGCUACGGCAACCCUGGUCAACCGGUUGAUCAGUAUCGUCAGCAGAAUAUGCCCAAUGGAAGCCCAAUGCAACCUCCUGUUGGUGGUCAGCCACCCUAUGGCCCGCCUCCUGGCUUUGGUAUGGUCGGCGGAUACGGCUAUGGUGGAAACAUGGGAGGCAUGCCCAACAUGGGAUAUAUGCAGCAACAAGAACAGGUGAAUGGUAGACGCGGUCGCGUACGUCCCUCAUCUUCGAACCGGCAGGGCCGCAACAAUUACUAA